AUGGAGCUGGUAAAGCUGAACCGGAGCGUGCAGGGAUCCGGAUCCGGACCGGGGGCUUCCCUGUGCCGCCCGGGUGGCCCCCUCCUCAACAACAGCGGUACCGGCAACCUCAGCUGCGAGCCCCCGCGCGUCCGCGGAGCCGGGACACGAGAAUUGGAGCUGGCCAUUAGAGUCACUCUUUAUGCAGUGAUCUUUCUGAUGAGCGUUGGAGGAAACAUCCUCAUCAUUGUGGUCCUGGGACUGAGCCGCCGCCUGAGGACCGUCACCAAUGCCUUCUUGCUCUCGCUGGCAGUCAGCGACCUCCUGCUGGCUGUGGCUUGCAUGCCCUUCACACUCCUGCCCAAUCUCAUGGGCACAUUCAUCUUCGGCACAGUCAUCUGCAAGGCCGUUUCCUACCUCAUGGGGGUGUCUGUGAGUGUGUCCACGCUAAGCCUCGUAGCCAUUGCCCUGGAGCGGUACAGCGCCAUCUGCCGACCACUGCAGGCGCGGGUGUGGCAAACUCGCUCCCACGCGGCUCGUGUGAUCUUAGCCACGUGGCUACUGUCCGGACUGCUCAUGGUGCCCUACCCCGUGUACACCGCCGUGCAGCCAGUGGGGCCCCGUGUGCUGCAGUGCGUGCAUCGCUGGCCCAGUGCGCGGGUCCGCCAGACCUGGUCAGUACUGCUGCUCCUGCUCCUAUUCUUCGUCCCUGGUGUGGUCAUGGCUGUGGCCUACGGUCUUAUCUCCCGAGAGCUCUACUUAGGACUUCGUUUUGACAGUGACAGUGACAGCGAGAGCCAAAGCCGGGUCAGAGGCCAAGGAGGGUUGCCGGGUGGGGCUGCCCCAGGUCCUGUCCACCAGAACGGGCGUUGCCGGCCGGAAGCCGGCCUGGCCAGCGAGGACAGCGACGGCUGCUACGUGCAGCUUCCACGUUCCCGGCCUGCCCUGGAGCUGUCGGCACUGACCGCUCCCAUUUCUGGGCCAGGCCCCGGGCCCCGGCCAGCCCAGGCCAAGCUGCUGGCUAAGAAGCGCGUGGUGCGCAUGUUGCUGGUGAUCGUUGUGCUGUUUUUCAUGUGUUGGCUACCAGUGUACAGUGCCAACACGUGGCGCGCCUUCGACGGCCCGGGUGCUCACCGAGCCCUCUCCGGAGCACCUAUCUCCUUCAUCCACUUGCUAAGCUACGCCUCAGCCUGUGUCAAUCCCCUGGUCUACUGCUUCAUGCAUCGCCGCUUUCGCCAGGCCUGCCUGGACACGUGUGCCCGCUGCUGCCCCCGGCCUCCACGAGCCCGCCCCAGACCUCUUCCAGAUGAGGACCCUCCCACCCCCUCCAUUGCUUCACUGUCUAGGCUGAGCUACACCACCAUCAGCACGCUGGGCCCCGGGUGAGGGCUGAGAUAGAGUGGGAGCUGAGGCAGGACGGGCCACUCCUACAAGCACGGACCCAUCCAAACCACACUGAUGCUGGCUACUGAUGCCCAAUAACACAGACCAUCCCCAACACACACACACACAAAGGUAGCUUAUCUGACACAAAAGGAACAGAAUGGAGCCUUCCACAGGAGAGGAAGCACACUUCUGAUCUGAGACUGAGCCUUGUCUGUAGAGACAUGGCACUGACCUUGGACAGACCGUCGCUCCUCAGUGGGGACUCUGACAGGGCUGACCUGUCCCUCACACACCUGAUCCUUUUAGGAGCUGUGGAGCCCAGCACAGGGCUGAACCUUGGGAUUCUCCUGGACAUCCCCAGUUUGAUCACACAAUUUUCUUUUUCACCAGGCCUAGUCUCACACCUCCCCCACCAAAGGCUGUUAAAGCACUGAAAAGUCCCUUCUUCCCUUUUCAGUUAAGGACUGUGGCCCUGCCCCUCCUCCUUUACCUGGCCUCUUUGAGAA